CACUUAAUGCUCGAGCACAACUUGGAGGUGCUUCAGCUGCCAGAGUGUCGGUGAGAGUUUGAGAUCCAGUGCUCGCCAUGACAAUGAGGUCCUGGCCCUAGAAGCAUGUGGGAGCUUUUGUACCUGUUUUUGACGCUUUGUCAGCUGCUCUGCUGUCAGGCUGAGGCCACAGCUGCUCCUGUCACCCCUCAGAGCUGCAGUCUGGACUGUAUCCAGCAGGGCCGUCCAGCAUGUGAAUACUGCAGAAUAACAAGGAGGGAUGUCAGAAAGGCUCUGGGCUUUAAAUCCAUUGAAAGGUUUGGAAGUUGUAUUCCAUGGCCAUGUUUUGAGCUGCUGGGAAAUGAAGACCCUAAAAUCUGUCAACACUACGUCCAAGCACCAAAUGAUGUGAAGGUUGAGUUUUUAAAUGACUCAAACUCCCAAUCUGACACAAUCAUUGUCUCCUGGAAACCCAGUUACUAUGGGAUCGCCUUCCUUCGUGGCUUUCAGGUGUCCCUCCAGGCUCUGGGAGGGACUAGCGUUGCCUGUCAGCUCUUUCUCUUCCACCGCAACUUAUCCCUCCCAACUUCACAUGCUCAACGGGUGUACAAGUCAGACCCGUUCCCCGGCCUCUCCCUUGGAUCCCAGUAUGCUGUUACUGUCAUGGCUCUGCCAGUGCCUGAGGAGUGGGAGAGCUUCUACCGCAGUGAGAUCUUCUCUACACGAUCAUGUGCAGAGAAGAAUGGCUUUGAGCAGUGUAAAAAUGACUGGUACCCUAAACAUAUUAAGGUUCAGCAGGAAGGCAGUGCCAUCACUGUGACCUUUAACUUGGCUCCCCCGAAUCUGGGAAUAAGAAGCUACUUCUCACUGUGUUACAUAAAUGGCAGGAAAAAAUACACCAACAUAAUACCGGAUCUGACUACAAAUAAAACUCACCAUAGCUAUCAGCUGAGCGACCUUCAAGAAGGAACCAAUUACACCUGUGAGAUUGCAGCUAAUGAAGUGGAUGCAGUUAGGAAAAUGUUCAAUGUUCAUGUUGAGCACUCUCAGAAAGAAGAUGCCUCUCCACGCUCUGUCACUCCCUCCUUGGCUUUUGUCCUUCCUCUGAGUCUGGUCGCGGUAGCCGUACUUGGAGGCUGUCUGGCUAUUGUCAUUAGGAGGAGGACCAAGCUGCAGAUGAAGAAAUUUGACAUACAACUAGAUAUCAUCAACAAACACGAGGAAGUUGGGAAUCAGGAAGAAUUGUUAUCACUGCGCAAAAACAGGCUGACCCCUCCUCGUCUUCUGAUUUGCUACAGCAGCCAUGAGGGCCCCGCUCAUGUCAAAGCUGUCAUGCAGUUAGGUGUCUUCAUACAGCAGCACAUGGCCACUCAGGUGUGUCUGGAUCUUUGGGACUCUCUGAGCGUGGCUGAGGAAGGCAGCAUGGCCUGGCACUGCCGGCAGAUCCGGGAAAGUGACUUUGUCUUGGUGAUGUGCUCUAGGGGCUUUAACCAAAGACCCAAGCCAGAGGAUGAUGAUGGUGAUGAAGAUCAGGCCUACAGCUCUGAUGCAAUCAUCCAGCUUAUUGGUGCAGAGGUGGGCCGAGCCAAAGCCUGGGGCCAGGACCUGUCCAAAUACAUGGCAGCCAUUUUCGAGUACUCAGAGGAGACAGACAUUCCCACUGAACUGAGGCUCAUUUCUCACUAUGUACUGACAAGUGACUUACCACUGCUCUUCUCCCACCUCCAUGGAGUGGCCCUGCACAGGCCUGGGGCUUACCUUAAGAUAGACCACAUCUCAGAGAAAGGCUUUGCCAAGGUGCCAGCUGGAGCUGCUCUGCAGUGGGCUAUCUAUGAGGCUGGAAUGGCAUUGGAGGGAAAAGGACAGCACUCUCUGGAAGAAGGGGACUAGAUAGUGAAGAAGGGACUUACACACCCUCAGUUAAUGAUAGUUCUCAGCUCGAUAUGUGAUAGUUGAAUGAAACUGUGAGUUUACACCUCAAACGUGAGGAGUGGAUCUACACCUGUGCCUCAGCACACACUAUGACCUCUGCAAUGCCUUAAUAUGCAACUUAAUAUGCACCCAGUAUUAUGUGUCCUGGCCAAAAAGAUAUUUUCUCAAAUAAAUAUUUUCAGUCAAUUUUCUUGCAGUAUUGUGUAAUAGGUUCCAUGAGUACAUCAGCUAUUAAUCUUAUUAUCAAGCUUACUCUGUAAGACUGUUUAUUUUGAAGUUGCAUUUUAAAUAUUGUAAACAAGCAACUUUACAGCCAUGCUUCACGUGUCUGUGUACAUCUCUGCGUACAAAUGGAAAUCAAAGCUUCAUGUCAUUUAAACAUAUGAAUAAAUGUCUUGUCUUGUAUAUUACAUUAUAUUUGUGUAAAAUAAUAAAA